GCGCCCUGCAGCAUGAGCCCCUCGCCGCGCCUCCUCCUCCGGCAGCAGCACCCCCGGCCCCAGCCGCCCCGCCGCCAGCACCCCCAGCCCCGCCGGCACCCCCCGCGCUAGAGCCGCCCCCAUGAUGGACAGCCGCAUUCUGGAGCAUCCCCAUGCCCAGUUCGGGGGGAUGGUGGGUUUCCCUUACCCGCUUGGGCACCACCACGUCUACGAGCUGGCCGGGCACCAGCUGCAGUCGGCGGCCGCCUCCGUCCCCUUCUCCAUCGAUGGAUUACUGAGCGGCUCCUGCGCCGCCUCCGUGGUCAACCCGGCGCCGCUCAUCCCCUCGGGCUGCGGGGUGACCGGGGACAGUCAGCCCUUCAAGCUCGCAGACUCGGGUGACCCGGACAAAGAAAGUCCUGGCUGUAAAAGAAGACGAACCCGCACCAAUUUUACUGGCUGGCAGCUCGAGGAGCUGGAAAAGGCGUUUAAUGAGAGUCAUUACCCGGACGUGUUUAUGCGAGAGGCUUUGGCUCUUAGGCUGGACUUGGUGGAGUCCAGAGUGCAGGUCUGGUUCCAAAACCGCCGGGCCAAAUGGAGAAAGAAAGAGAAUACGAAGAAAGGCCCGGGGAGGCCGGCUCACAACUCCCACCCCACCACGUGCAGCGGGGAGCCUAUGGAUCCCGAGGAGAUCGCCCGUAAGGAGCUGGAGAAGAUGGAGAAGAAGAAGCGCAAGCACGAGAAGAAGCUCCUCAAAAGCCAAAGCCGCCACCUGCACUCGCCCAGCGGCCUCUCCCUCCACAGCACGCCCAGCUCCGACAGCGACAGCGGCGGCGGGGGGGGUCUCUCGCCCGCUCCGCCCGAGGCCAAGCCCCGCGGGCAGCCCCCGCCACCCCACCCGCCGCCUCCUGCCGCCGCUGCUCCCCCUUCCGAGCCGCCCCCCGGCACCUGUGACCAGACGGCAGAGCCCUUCUACCCCAGCCAAAGAAGCGGGAGCGGACGGCUCCAGCGCCCACUUGACAAGGACUGUGCGGCCGCCCCGUCGGGGGACGGCAGCGGGGCCGCGGCGGGCCCCCGCGGUGCUGGCAGCUUCCACAAGCUCAACCCUUUCAGCGUGGAGAGCCUCCUCUCUGACUCGCCCCCCCGCCGCAAAGCCACCCCGGACUUCCCCAGCCUUCCUCCCUGCGCCCCUCGCACACUCAUCGGCAAAGGACACUUCUUGCUCUACCCCAUCACUCAGCCCCUGGGCUUCCUCGUCCCGCAGACAGCCCUCAAGGCCAGCCCAGGCCCCGAAGCCGGCCAACCCCCCCGGGACUCCCCGCUGCCCGCCGCCAAUCCCGGCCCGCCCGGCUGCAGCGCGGAGCCGGCGCCCGCCGGUGCCCAGCCCGGCCCCGGCGCCACGGACUCGGCGGCGGCGGCUGCGGCUGCGACGGGGUCGAUGCUCCCCCUGUCUCCGGCCGGUGCUUCGCCCCGUUCUGCUGCUGCACACGGUGACCCGGCAGCGGCCGCGCCCGCGGAAGGUGGCAGCUUCCCCCGGCCCAAAUCGCCGGUCCGGGCGCGGGACGCCAGCACAACCAGGGACAGAUCAGACUGCGGCCCCGCCGACGGCGAGGAGCUGGACAUGGACUGACAGGGCGGAAAAAAUAACUAAAGAUCAAAACAAAACAGGGCAAAAAUAAAACCACCCGAGAACGACACCGACACUCCCCCGCCUGUCAGCCGUGAGAAACAGAGGGGAGCGUUCCCCCUGCACCCCACGCACACCGGCCCUGCAGCCCAUGGGAGGCGGUGGCCCAGCCGGGAGAGUGGCUUGUCCUCUCCUUAGAGUUUAUUACAGGUCGAUUCAGGUGAUCAGUUAGAGCUUUUGGGUUUUAUAUUGAAAGAAGGGGGGGGAAAAAAAACAAAAGAAAAAAAAAAAGGGGGUGAGCCAACAACAACAAAAUAGAAAUACUAACAAAAAAAAACACUAAAAAGGAAAAUUGCUUGUUGAGGCUUAACAGCAGCUGGACUUUGUGGUGUGACAAACUGUACCGCGACAACGGAACUCCUCAAAACCCUUGUAAAAUGCAGAAAUGUCUAAGAAUAUUUAUAUAUGUAAAAUUUUUGAUAAAUAAAGGCUCUAAAACUC